AUGGCCGCGGCCGGGGCAACGGCAAGGUCGCGCCCCCCGUCUGCUCCGGGUGUUCAUGUCGGCGGUGUUGCUGCUUGCAGCGCCACCAGACAGCCACCAUCGGUGGCGGUGGCAGAAGACACGCCGCCAUCGCCUCCAGGGGAUGACCACGCUGGCGGGGACGCUGAAGCUUCUGUUCGUCCAGGCAGCUUCCUUGGCUUUACGUCCGAGCCUGACCACGUGUCAAACACCGUUUUUCGGGACCGCAAGGUUCUCUCCGACACCAUGCAGGUGAACAUGCUGCAGACCGAUAGCAUUGUCGCGAACGCUCGGGCAUUCAAGGCGCUAUGUCUGGCCCUUCUCCGGCCGCAGGAGGGUAUCAAGGUUCUCAUCCCCAUGUGUGCCGGCUGUGGCAAGACCAUCCGGGCAGUGCGAUGUCACUGCCACACGUGCGCAAAAAACUGGUGCCGGAAGUGUACGGACCCCGAGGAACGGCGCGUCACCAUUACUCGGUGCCAGAAAUCCCGCAGCCAUAUCGAGUGCCAAAACUGCGGCUACUCGAAGGGGCUCACCAUUGUUAUGUUAACCUACAUUACCAUGGCUCCGGAUCCAGGACGUUGA